AUGCCUAUGGUUGGCACCUCGGAUUCAGUCCAUCCGGCAAGAACGCAAUUUUACCCUUGUUCAGAUCACAGCGAGGAGAAUCUCGAUCAUAAACUCAUCCAAUCAUAUGAAAUGAGUAACCUGGGCUCAAAUAACAAUGCGAUUGACACAGGAGGGCCUUUUGGUGAAGCUGGGUGUCUUGAAACCCCUGCAAUGGGUGACUUCACCCGUUUCAAUUCAGAUCCACGCGACUUCUCAACAGAUUCACCCUCUACGCUACAGAUCCAAGAAUUCUCGGCUGGUUUGUUGACAUCUCAGCUUUGCGGAUCUGAUCCUCACUGGCAAAGCGAAGAUUACUGCGGUGAUGAUAGCACAUCACGGUGCUAUUCAGGUAAUCCACAUUAUCCUGUGGAUAGCCCUAUUUCCAUGCAAGAUACUAGCUACCUGGCCGUGGGUUCUUCGCCUCAAGUCUACGCCGAAAUGCCGAUGACCCGGCAAUGGCCCUCAAACUACUAUGACUACUCGAUUGGCUUGCAUUUGGAUUUGUUGUCCUGUCCAUACUAG